CAAUCACCUCUUGUGCGCUUGUGUCCCAACAGCGCAACAGUGGAGCGCACAACUCUGCAGCAGCCACACGCUCGAGAGCAGCGCAACACGUAGGACUUGACCAAAGCGGAUCUUUAUUUGCGUAUCCCGUCGGUUUCUUUCAGAAGUGGUUCGAGUUACAGUCACAAUGAGGGCUGCUUCUGCGUCUCAUUCGGUUUUGGGGACGAUCCGCCUGGCUCUGACCAUAGCGAUGCUGACAGCAUGUGGAGCCUCCGAGUACGAGUAUCUGAGCUGGAAGUCGUCGGACUCGUACAACGGCGGGCGCAGCUACGGAAAGCCCCCGCAGUGCGUGGACAUCCCAGACGACCUGCGAUUGUGCCACAACGUUGGCUACAGUCAGAUGUUAUUGCCUAACCUGCUGGAGCACGAGACCAUGGCCGAGGUGAAACAACAGGCCAGCAGCUGGGUUCCCUUGGUGCUCAAGAACUGCCACCCGGGCACGCAGGUAUUCCUCUGCUCGCUCUUUGCGCCCGUGUGCCUGGAGCGGCCCAUCUACCCGUGCAGAUGGCUCUGUGAGGCCGUGCGGGAUGGCUGCACCCCCAUCAUGGAGGCGUUCGGCUUCCCCUGGCCGGAGAUGCUCACCUGCGACAAAUACCCUCAAGACGACGUGUGCAUCGCCAUGACUCAACCCAACGCCACCGAAUCCACAAAGCAGACAGGUUAUUCUCCCAUUUGUCCUCCUUGUGACAAUGAAAUGAAAACAGAUGCCAUGCUGGAGCACAUGUGUGCCAGCGAAUUUGCUUUUAAGACCAAGAUCAAAGAGGUGAAGCGAGAAAAUAUGGACCGUAAGGUGAUCUUUCAGAAACGGAAGAAGAUGCUGAAAGCUGGCACUCUGUCGAAGAAGGACAUGAAGAAGCUUGUGAUGUACUUGAAGAAUGGUGCGGACUGCCCGUGCCAGCAGCUGGACAAUCUGGGGAACCAGUAUCUUAUCAUGGGCCGCAAGGUUGACAAGCUGUUCCUGCUCACGGGCAUCCACAAGUGGGACAAGUCCAGCAAAGAGUUCAAAAAGGCCAUCAAGAAACUCAAGACCCACAAAUGUCCUGCCUUUGAAAAUGUCUUCAAAUAAGAUGACCUCCCUCUAAUUGGUCACAUCUCCUUCUUCAUAUGAACUUGCACAAGCGUUAAACUCCAAAACAUGGCUUUUUUUUGUCUUGUUUAUACUGAUAUAUCUUUCUGUUUACAUAUAUGAUUUGAAAUGUCCCAGUUUUUGAGUGAGUGAUGACAUCACAAAUAGAAGAGAUACAUUUAUUUCUUUAGUUGAGUUAGCUCGACUCUCCUAUAUCCCAAAUUUCCACAACGUAUAUGUAGAUGCAUCUUCAAAUGUUACUUGAAGGUAACAGGACAUUUUUUACAAGAUUCAUUCAAUUAGUUCUGUCUGAAUUUUAGUAAAGAGAAUGAUAUCAUCGUUAUGAUUAUGUAAGGAUCAAGCUCGCUAGUUUGUUUCUACAUUCUUUUUUUUAUGAGACCUGGACCACAAAAAGGCGGCCACUUUUGUUAUUUCCUUCAAAAUUAAAUGAGUAAUAUUGUCAAUAUUUUCAGUUAUAACAAUUCAGAGCUCAUCAUGUUUUCGAAAGAAUAAGUGAACAAUGACUGAUGUCAUAAGAUGCUUCAGCUAAAGACUUAGCUUGUUGUCAUUGUUAAGCUUCUCACAAAAACCUAUAUUCCAAUCAUGUUAUGGCAAUAUCAUCAUGCAAUCUUGACCAAAAACUAUGUGCCUCUUGCGUCACUGGUUUUCAGAAACCAUUAUUAAGUUGAAAUGAAAUUAUUUGCAGUUUGACUUUUUUUUUUCACAAGAACAAGUGUUAACCAUUGUCCAGUGUUUUGCUUGAUAUUGCUAGCCUGUUUUAGCACUAUUUUGUGUGCAUUAUUAGUACGUGUACAUACAAAUUUUACAUAAAUAAGGAAAACACCAAUUGUUUUGUGUUUUAUUUGUUUUGAGCUUAGUCUUACAAUGCUCAAGUGGACAGUAGGGAUUGGUUGUAUUCCAUAAAAGGAAAAUAAGUCAAUUACAAAACUGCCUCCAAGACAGUGAGUCCAAUUUCUUUACAUUUGUCGUUCACUGAACAACAUUACAACUUUUGAAUCCACCGGUUUUUGUCUUGUCGAUUUAAAAGGUUACUUUAUGCAUUAUCUUCAAUCAAGGCAUGGGGUGUUACAGUUACAGAUGUUAAAUUGGUGAAAAGGAAGAAGUAAAACAACAUCAGCAAGAGCUGUAAAGAAAGAUCCAGAAACAAUUGGUAGUGAUCAGCAAAAUCCUCCAGCGGGGAGUAGUAAAGGUAUCAAAUCUUCACCCACCACCAACAGGACAAACGACAAAGGAUUCAAAUCACUUCAAUCGAGCGGGAAGGCAAAAAAAAGAUCUAUUAAAAAGUCAAUAACCAGAAACUUCCAUGGAAAAUUUCAGAUUUUUCCCCAUAUUUAUACACUUGGUCUGUCCACACGUGUGGGUGCCACUUUUUACAAAUUAUUGGCCAAUCUAAAGUACAAGUAGUCCUGAACUUACAAACACAACGGGUUCCAAGAGUUUGUAAUUUGAUUUAUUUGUAUUGUGUUUUUAUUUGAUAUUCAAUGUUAACUGUUCAUACUAUUGGAGAACACUUUAAUAAAGGGCAGUGCUGUCAAAUCA